ACACAGAGAACGUGUGUCGAUAUCCUGUUUCCUGUUUGAACGAUGUGUUUGAAUCUUUUUGUUUCAAUGACUCCGGAGGUUCUGUUGUGGAACUUCGCUGCAGUUUGUUCAGUUUUAGUUUGUGAACUUUUGUUUUCAGGAAGUUAAACCUUCCUGAUUCAUUAUCGUUCUAUUUUUUAUAUAAGAUCAGUUUUUAAUGACAACAAAUCAGAAUUUAAAAAUUAAUGUUCAAUACACUGCCCUCUGGUGGCCGCAGGGCGUCACUACAACUGAACUGUUCAGACGCCAGUGUGAAUGUGACGGCGGGUAUUUCCGCCAUCUAGCGGCCAGAGACAGGAACUGCACAACUACUAUCAAGCUAGAUACACUGCAAGAAUAUAGUUCCGGUAAUUGAUUUCAAAAUAAAACGCUUACGAUUCGUACACGGAACCGGAAAUGAAAUCGGACACUCGGUGCUUUGGCGUCGUCCCGUGGACAAACCGUGAACUACAACAACACGAGAGGACUCCAUCAUGGCGGCCGCCGUCAGACUCUUGUCGAGGUUGACUCUGGUCACAGGCGGAGGCAGCGGGAUCGGACGAGCCGUGUGCCAGCGUCUGGCCUCUGAAGGAGCCUCCGUGGUGGUCGCUGACAUCAGCGAGGAGUCGGCCAGUGAGACGCUGGGCAGCCUGCAGGGAGGCCUCAGGGGGCAGGGCCACAUGGCGGCUGUGGUGGACGUCUCCUCCAAAGAGAGCGUCACGGAGCUGCUCACUAGUAUACAGACUCGUUUCUUCCAGCCUCCCUCGGUGUGUGUGAACGCAGCCGGCAUCACCCGGGACGACUUCCUGCUCCACAUGACGGAGGAGCAGUUCGACAAGGUCAUCCAGGUCAACCUGAAGGGUUCGUUCCUGGUCACGCAGGCCGUCGCUCAGGCGCUGGUGGCCUGUGGAGCAACCAAAGGAUCCGUGGUCACUGUGGGCAGCAUCGUGGGAAAGGUGGGAAACAUUGGACAGGUAAAUUAUGCCGCGUCCAAAUCUGGAGUGGAAGGUUUAACCAGAACUGCAGCCAAAGAGCUGAGCAGGUUUGGGAUUCGGUGUAACUGUGUGCUGCCGGGGUUCAUAUCAACGCCGAUGACGGAUAAAGUUCCAGAGAAGGUUCUUACCAAGGUACAGCACACACACCGGUUCAGAAAUACUUCAUCCACCGCGAGAAAACUCCCUGUCAGUGACUCUGCAGUGAUGUCCUGUGUUUCAGAUGAAGUCUCUGGUGCCGAUGGGAAGAAUGGGCGAACCUGCAGAGGUCGCAGAUGUUUGUGCCUUUCUGGCCUCCGACGACUCCCGUUACAUCACGGGCGCGAGCAUCGAAGUCACAGGUGGACUUUUCAUUGGCUGAAUGAAACGGCCGUCACGCUGGUGAAGACCAAUGGGACGCAAGUUCCUUCGUAAUUCAUUGAAUUAAUGAAGGGAAGAGAUUCUGCCGUCUGUGUGACUGUAGACUGUGUUUUAUAAAUCACGUGUCAAAGUGUAGAGAUUCUUCUUGUGUUAAUAAAUACCUCUGAUGUUCGUUUUAA